CCGUAUAAUACAUGUAUUAGGUGGAAUAAUUGAGAUGCAUUCAAGUUGAUAGGAAUAUCAAGAAAUUGAAUUCACCUCACAUUGAGCUCUAUAUAUAUCUACACUUGUCUAAAACUCCAACACAUUCAACAUUCCAUUUCCAAUUCCAAUAUCCCAAUGAUAUAGCAAUGGAAAAUUGUAGUCCUAGUUCCAAAAAACUGACCAAGACCCUCUUACCAAUUCUUCUUGUAUUAUUAUCCACAAUCUCCCAAGCACAUGAAGGCAACUCAAAUUCCAACUUCAUCAAAUCCAAAUGCAAAAUCACAACAUACCCUUCACUUUGCCUGAACACCCUUCUCCCAUAUGCCUCUUCUGUCCAAACUAACCCUAUCAAGCUCUGUGACACUGCUCUUGACAUCGCCAUAGAGAGCGCGCAAAAUGCUUCCCACAUGAUAUCAGAGGUUGGAAAGAAUAAAGGGAUAACAAAAUACGAGGCAGGUGCCAUUAAAGAUUGUAUUGGUGACUUGAAAGAUGCAGUGUAUGAGUUGAAAGAGACACUUGGUGCCAUGAAUCAUCUUAAUGAUACAGACAAGGAUUUUCAAUGGGAUAAUGCUAAGACUUAUGCAAGUGCUGUAAUAACUGAUGCAAAUUCUUGCUUGGAUGGUUUCUCUGAUAGGAAAGUCAAUCCUGAUGUCAAGACUAACAUUAUUGAUGCCAUUUCUUAUGUUACUAAACUUGCUAGCAAUGCUUUGGCUUUCAUAAAUCACCUUUAUUGAUAUCUAUAUGUAUGUGUUAUACAUCAACUUUUAUUUUAAUUUAAUUUGUUGGUUGAACAAAAUUUGGUAAUAUGAAUGUUUACUCUCUUUA